AAGGAUUAAUCAAAUAUUCGUCUCAUAUCCUCUUUGCUGCAUAACUUCUACAAAAACAAAAAACAUAAAGUCACGGAAAUUUUGACAGCGUCGUCACAAAAAGUCAAGGGAAACAAAAGAAAAUUGGAUGGAAAUAAUGCUUGCUUUUAGCAGGCGUCUGCCUAAGUUGCCCUUGGUUUACACAGCCAGAAGUGUAUAUGGAUGGUGCAGAGUCGGUAAUCGAGAUGUGGUGGGCCACGGGGUAAAUGGUACUGUCACUUACAAAGACGACGCCCACUUUCCAUUCCCAGCCGUCAGGUUCAUGGAGAACAACCCUAUUGUUUGUAUGUUGCGUCAGAGAGAGAAAUGUGAUUGGCGAAUGCUGUGCUGCGAAGAAAAGAAGGCGUUGUACCGAGCUUCCUUCUGCCAGACCUUCUCGGAGUUCCAGCACCCCACAGGCACUUGGAAGCUGCAGAUAGGCGUUACGUUAUUCGUCUGUUCUUUAGGUUUUUGGUGUAUGAUGUUCCGAUACUACUGUAGUAAGUUUUCUAUUACUUAG